CUUGGCGGCUGCGGGUCCGAACGGGGGGCUGCUGGCGUCGGGAGCGCCGGGCUGUGACAGACGCGCACCUGCCCGGGCUGGAAGCGCCUGUCCGCGUAGCGGCCGCCCCUCGGGGUCGGACACACUUUGUGGACAUAAACAUUUUUAAAACUUUUUUUAAGAACUCGUUUUCUGGGAUUUUUAUAAGCCACCCUGUAGUUUGCGUUGGUUUCCUGCUUCUCCCGCUUCAAGGUAGCGUUUGCUCUGUUCUUCCUGGUACCGUAACACGGGGACCUGAACGGAACUGACAUUUUAAGUACUCCAGGAACCCUGCGGUCCAUCCACCUGUUAAAGCGAGCAGUUGUGCUUCCUUCUUUCUUCUUUUUUCCCCGUGUCGCCUGUUGGAUGUGAUGGAACUCAUGUUUGCGGAGUGGGAGGACGGGGAGAGGUUCUCCUUCGAGGACUCCGAUCACUUUGAGGAGGACUCCCUUUGUUCCUUCAUCUCAGAGGCAGAGAGCCUUUGCCAGAACUGGAGAGGAUGGCGGAAGCAAUCGGCCGGACCCAAUUCUCCCACUGUCAAAAUGAAAGAUGGGCUGGUGAUCCCAUUGGUGGAACUGUCUGCAAAACAGGUUGCAUUUCACAUUCCAUUUGAGGUCGUGGAAAAAGUUUAUCCUCCAGUUCCUGAGCAACUACAGCUUCGGAUUGCCUUCUGGAGUUUCCCUGAAAAUGAGGAAGAUAUUAGACUGUACUCAUGUUUGGCUAAUGGCAGUGCAGACGAGUUCCAGAGAGGGGAGCAGCUGUUCCGAGUGAGGGCAGUCAAAGACCCUCUCCAGAUAGGUUUCCAUCUGAGUGCCACUGUGGUACCCCCGCAGAUGAUGUCACCCAAAGGUGCAUACAAUGUGGCAGUGAUGUUUGACCGAUGCAGGAUCACAUCAUGCAGCUGUACCUGUGGUGCUGGGGCCAAAUGGUGCGCUCACGUCGUGGCGCUCUGUCUCUUCCGGAUACACAAUGCAUCUGCGGUAUGCUUACGAGCACCUGUUUCUGAGUCUUUGUCUCGGCUACAAAGAGACCAAUUGCAAAAAUUUGCUCAGUACCUAAUCAGUGAACUUCCACAACAGAUUCUUCCAACUGCUCAGCGUUUGCUGGAUGAACUGUUAUCUUCUCAGUCAACUGCAAUCAACACAGUGUGUGGAGCCCCAGAUCCCACUGCUGGACCCUCUGCGUCAGAUCAAAGCACCUGGUACCUAGAUGAAUCUACCCUGAGUGACAACAUAAAGAAAACCCUUCAUAAAUUCUGUGGGCCCUCUCCUGUUGUUUUCAGUGAUGUGAAUUCCAUGUAUCUCUCUUCCACGGAGCCUCCGGCUGCUGCUGAGUGGGCCUGCCUUCUGCGUCCCCUGCGAGGGAGAGAGCCUGAGGGAAUCUGGAACCUACUUUCUAUUGUGCGGGAGAUGUUUAAGAGACGGGAUAGCAACGCUGCUCCUUUGCUGGAGAUUCUGACUGACCAGUGUCUGAACUAUGAGCAGAUAACUGGCUGGUGGUACAGCGUGCGGACGUCUGCGUCACACAGCAGUGCUAGCGGGCACACAGGACGCAGCAAUGGGCAGUCAGAAGUAGCUGCUCAUGCCUGUGCAAGUAUGUGUGAUGAGAUGGUGGUUCUUUGGCGGCUGGCUGUCCUUGACCCAACUAUAAGUCCACAGAGGCGCAGGGACCUUUGCUCCCAGCUCAGGCAGUGGCAGCUAAAAGUCAUAGAUAAUGUUAAGAGAGGUCAGCACAAGAAAUCACUGGAGAAGCUGUUCCAGGGUUUCAAGCCAGCAGUGGAAGCCUGCUACUUCAACUGGGAGGAAGCUUAUCCUAUCCCUGGGAUCACCUAUAGCAGCACUGACAAGAAAAACUCAUUCUGUUGGGUAAAAGCCAUCCAACAGAGGAGCUGCCGGUUGCAGUGUGCAGAAGCUGCUUGUGAGGCUGGGAGAGCCCAUGGACAGGAGCCUGGGGGACCAUGUCUGCAACCUGGGGACAGGCUGCGUCCCUCACCCCAGGAGCCAGCGGUUCGUCCAAAGGAACUUACUGGAAAGCGAAAAGUCGUCUCUGAAACACCGCAGAGAGUUCUGCGACGACUUUCAGCAGAAGGUGAUAAAGCUGUGUAUAAGACUGCAGUGGGCAAAGCUAAGUUGCCAGUGAGCAAAGGUUUGACCAGCAAGCAUAGUGGGAAACGCCGCAUGAGCAGUGAAGACAGCUCCCUGGAGCCGGACUUAGCAGAGAUGAGCCUGGACGACAGCAGCUUGGCUCUGGGUGCAGAAGCCAGCAAUACGUUUAGUUUUACAGAAAGCCCACUGAGCAGGAGCUACAGGGAUGCCUUUGAGGAGGAUGGUGGGGUGUACUUCUCUGAGGGACCUGAGCCCAGUGUCAGGAGCAGUUCCACAGGCAAGAAAUCAACCAAGGAUCCUGUGGGAGAGACAGGUAGUGGUGAUGAUGACCUGACUUCUGCAGAUGAGAACAGUGGUGGUGUGAGCCUGAAGCCAGAAGAAGUAGGAGAGAAUGGUGCGGCAGGUGGAGGGGAUGAUGGAGAAGAGGAAGAUGAUUACCAGGUAUACUAUCUGAAUCCACAAGAGGUAGCCAAGGAAGAUGAUGACAAAGCUGAAGGGGGAAAUGAAGAGGAACAGGAUAUGUUUGCUGGUAUAAAGCCUCUGGAGCAGGAGAACCGGAUGGAGAUCCUGUUUGCCUGUGCAGAAGCCCUGUAUGCACAUGGAUACAGCAAUGAAGCAUGUCGCUUAACUGUAGAACUUGCCAGGGACCUAUUAGCCAACCCUCCAGAUCUCAAAGUAGAGCAGCCACCAACUAAGGGCAAAAAGAACAAGGUAUCAACCAGCAAGCAAACAUGGAUGGCAACCAACACCUUGUCCAAAGCUGCUUUCCUGCUGACUGUACUGAGUGAGCGGCUGGAGUACCACAACCUGGCCUUCCGAAUAGGAAUGUUUGCUCUGGAGCUGCAGAGACCGCCUGCCUCUACAAAAGCACUAGAGGUGAAGCUGGCAUAUCAGGAGUCUGAGAUUGCAGCCCUCUUGAAGAAGAUUCCCUUGGUCACUAAUGAGAUGAAUACUAUUCGAGGAAGAGCUGAAGAACUGCGAGAAGGAACACUGUGUGAUUAUCGUCCUGUCCUGCCUCUCAUGUUGGCUAGCUUUAUAUUUGAUGUCCUGUGCACUCCAGUGGUUUCUCCUACAGGCUGUAGACCUCCAAGUCGCAAUUGGAAUAAUGAAAUGCCUGGAGAUGAAGAGCUUGGUUUUGAAGCAGCUGUUGCUGCUCUUGGCAUGAAGACAACUGUCAGCGAAGCAGAACAUCCUCUGUUGUGUGAAGGCACUCGAAGGGAGAAAGGAGAUCUGGCACUAGCUCUGAUGAUUACCUACAAGGAUGAUCAAUCGAAGCUGAAGAAGAUUUUAGACAAACUUCUGGACAGAGAGAGUCAAACUCAUAAGCCACAGACUCUGAGUUCCUUCUACUCUUCCAGCAAGCCUACAGUAGCAAACCAAAAGUCUCCUUCCAAACAUGCUGCCCAGUCCACUGCAGCCAUCCAGCAGCUUCCAGGGACUUCAGUUGCUCAGCAAGCUGGUGUAAGCCCAGCAGUUCAGAGCAGUCCUGAGACUUUUGUGGAGAAGAGUUCACAAGAGAGCUCUCAGAGGUCCCCCUGUGAGCCAGCUGGGGAAUCCACUGUCUUGAAACAGGAAGGAAAGGUCCCCAGUCGUCUGGCCCUUGGAAACCGAGGUGGAUACAACGGAAGAUGUUGGGGUUCACCUGUGAGGCAGAAGAAGAAACACACAGGCAUGGCUAGUAUUGACAGCAGUGCUCCUGAAACUACCUCUGACAGUUCUCCAACACUCAGUCGGCGUCCCCUACGUGGGGGAUGGGCAGCAACAUCUUGGGGCCGAGGACAAGACAGCGACAGCAUCAGUAGUUCUUCAAGUGAUUCACUGGGAUCUUCUUCUUCCAGUGGCAGUAGGAGAGCCAGUGGGGGAGCCCGUGCAAAAACUGUGGAAGUUGGCAGGUAUAAAGGGAGGCGGCUGGAAAGCCAUGCUCCUCAUGUCCCAAACCAGCCUUCAGAGGCAGCUGCCCACUUCUACUUUGAAUUGGCCAAGACAGUCCUUAUCAAAGCAGGUGGAAACAGCAGUACCUCCAUCUUCACGCACCCUUCCUCCAGUGGUGGACACCAGGGACCACACCGCAACCUUCACCUCUGCGCCUUUGAGAUUGGGCUGUAUGCACUAGGGCUGCACAACUUUGUGUCUCCCAACUGGCUCUCUCGAACUUACUCCUCCCAUGUCUCCUGGAUCACAGGGCAGGCCAUGGAGAUUGGUAGUGCAGCCCUGAACAUCUUAGUGGAGUGUUGGGAUGGACAUCUGACCCCCCCAGAGGUGGCAUCAUUGGCAGACAGAGCCUCGCGGGCCAGAGACUCCAACAUGGUGAGGGCAGCUGCUGAACUGGCACUCAGCUGCCUGCCCCAUGCCCAUGCCCUGAAUCCAAAUGAGAUCCAGAGGGCUCUGGUGCAGUGCAAGGAACAGGACAAUCUGAUGCUGGAAAAGGCCUGUAUGGCAGUAGAAGAGGCAGCCAAGGGAGGUGGCGUUUACCCAGAAGUUCUCUUUGAAGUAGCUCACCAGUGGUACUGGCUUUAUGAACAGAUUGUUGGUGGGACUCCAGCCCAGAGAGAAGGUGCCACUGGCUGCAGUGCCGGUGGUGCACGGGCUGCGUCAGAAGCAGCACGUGGGUUGACAGACAACCGGGUGACCACUGAGCCAACCACCGUAACAGUGGCAGCUGCAGUAACCGCAGCAGCAACGGUCGUGCCAGUAAUCUCUAUGGGGUCAACCAUGUACCAGCAGCAUACGAUGGCAGGACCGGCAAUGGCGCAUACACACACGCAGGGCCUCCACCCUUACACCACCCUUCAGACUCACAUUCCCUGUAAUCCCCAGUAUAUUGGACACACUAUCCAGCACAUGCCACGUCCAGCUGUCUUCCCAGUGCCUGGCUCAGCGUACCCACAGAGUGUCCAUCCAGCAUUCAUAGGAGCGCAGUACCCCUAUUCGGUAACAACACCAUCAUUGGCAGCUACUGCAGUGUCGUUCCCUGGUGUGCCAGUCCCAUCCAUGACACAGAUAGCAGUGCAUCCCUACCACAGUGAAACUGGACUGUCACUGUCUUCCAAUGUAGCGAUAGGAAGUGUCCAUGCAGGAUCAACGUUCCCAGCGAUUCAAGGGGCUUCCUUGACAUCUCUGUCCUCACAGCCCAACUCCCUUGUUACAGGGGGGUUUCCCGCCGAGGAUGAGCAGCACAGUCAGCCUGUGAGCCCCCAGGGUUUGCACUACCUCCACUCCGCAUACCAAGUUGGGAUGCUGGCUCUGGAGAUGCUUGGCCGAAGAACUCAGAGCGAUCAUCCCAACAACUUCUCCCGCAGUCCACCCUAUACAGAGGAUGUAAAAUGGCUCCUUGGAUUGGCUGCAAAGCUAGGUGUAAACUACGUGCAUCAGUUUUGUGUCGGUGCAGCCAAGGGAGUGCUGAACCCUUUUGUGCUUCAGGAUAUCAUCAUGGAAGCUCUACAGAGGCUCAACCCUGCACAUGUGCACAACCAUCUGCGCACCCCAGCCUUCCACCAGCUGGUGCAGAGGUGCCAGCAGGUCUACUUGCAGUACAUCCAUUACCGGCUGAUCCACCUCGCUCCAGCUGACUACGAUGAUUUUGUGAAUGCCAUCCGCAGCGCCAGAAGCGCCUUCUGCCUGACUCCCGUGGGCAUGAUGCAGUUUAAUGAUAUUCUCCAGAACCUGAAGCGCGGCAAGCAGACAAAGGAUCUGUGGCAAAGGGUCUCUCUGGAAAUGACCACCUUCUCACCGUGACAGCAGGUGGAGCUCCACACAACCCUUUGCUCUGCGUAGUUGUAGUUCCAUUUACACCAUCCUUCCUUCUGGUGUCUUUUUUUAAUUUUAGUUUUAACUUGCUGGAAACCACUGAUCUGAUGUAUUUAUACCAUGACAUUCCUCUCCAGCACUGUUGCGUGUUGGUGCCCUGCUUCGCUCGCUCUUCCUCCACCUUCCCAGUGAGCUGCGGGCUUCAGAAGCAUCAGGAAAUGAGAAGGAAGUCGAGCUGGCUGCCCUGUGGUGUAGUCACUGCUUUUUUCCCUGAGCCCCUGGAGACUGUCCUGCGAGCAGUUGCAGGGUGAUUGCGCAUGUGUUUGAGGGGUGGGGGAGUCUGUCUUAAAUAUUUAUUUUGGCAUUUAUAAAUAUGUAAACUUUUUUUUAAUGUAUGGGCUUCUCUUACUCCACAUACCAUCUCCUGUCGGGAGAAGCUGGGACUGCUGUGCACAGUCAGUGCUCCCUUCAUUCCUUUCAGCAUCUUCCUGCUGAGAGAAGUUGAGACUGGAGUAGCAGGGCCAGGGCCACCUCUGCAGCUUUCUGCAGCAGCUGCUGAGGGCAGAGGCUGGAGCUUGGGCAAGGUCCAAGACUGCCUGGAGCUGCCUGGUGACUGCCAGAAGUGCUUGGGCUCUUUCUCAAGUGUCCCUCGCUGGACACUGCUGGCUCUUAGGACGUUUUGAUCCUGGUCGUUUGGAGUUGUACAAUCAUGUUUCUUUUGGCUGGGGUAUUACUCUCCUGUAAUCAGUUUCUUAUCCCUUGUCUCUUCUCGUUUCCUGAUUAAACACUCGUUUUCUUAGACUGACUCUCUCUUCUCUCUGCUAUGAUGUUGACAUUCUGAUGGAACUGGCCAGCCGUGUGUCAGUGGGAGCUCCUGUGAGUGCUGUAGAUAGUCUAAGGCUCACUGGGAAAUAGCAGCUAGCACGAGGUAGGUGGCCAGAGCUUUUGUACAAGCAGUGAUCCAGAAGUUUCUUGUCUGGUUGUGCUCUGUGGAUGUCAUACCUCUACAGGGGCUGAGGACUGCACUGACUGGAUGGCUGAUGGGUGUGAGCAGAGCUGGUGGAAAGCCUGGGGCAUCCCAGUGCAGUUUCUACGCUUAUGCUGGCCACCGGGUUCCUCUUGUGCUUUGGAAAGCACAAGGGAUACCAUGUGAUAAUGUAUUUCUCUGGAUUUCCAGAGCUUUGUGCAAAACCAGAGUUGCUCACAAUUGAUGUAAUUGCUAAAGGAUGUGCAGUCUGGUCCUGUGAGUUGUGAGAGCUGUUUGGACUACCCAAUUUUUAUGUUGCAGAAAAUUAAUUCUAGGAAGCUUUUAUUUUUAUACCAAGGAAAUUUAAAAGGCUAAUGCCAUUUGGAAGCAUACAAGCACAAAAUUUUUUUCUUUUUUUUUUUAAUGCCAUAAUUAGAGGUUUGAUGUAUGUUAAGAAUCUUAAUGUCUCAAUAGUAAUAUAUUUUGUUACUUACUUGGGUUUAGCCAAUGACAAUAGGGAGGUUUCAGUUUUUGCAAGCUAAAAGUGUAUGUUUGUUUAAUAUUUUCAAUGACGUUCAUAAGAAAUAAAUUAACUCAAAAGCAUAGGACAAAGUACAUGAGCAUACUCCUUCGGUCUGACUUCUGUGUGCUGCACAGGCCAAGGAGCAUCGCUAAGUUUCUCUUAGUUCUGACUGUGCAACAGGAACUAUUUAAAGUUCUCCUUGCAGCCCUUUGUAUACCUCCACCAUGUGUUCUGCUCUCUGGUUACGUGCUAAUUAUAAAUGCCAGUGUGCGUAAGAAUGUGUGAAGUUAUGUGGUUUUUAAGUUAACUCUGGAUUGGUUGUGAGCUGCCUGUUAUUGAGAAGUCCAGGCCUCACCUCUGGCCUUCCUAGAGCACUUUGUGCCCUUUAGUGCUCAUAUGUUCAGGGCUGGGAAAGGUGUUUGUAGGAAAAAAUGAGUGUUUUCUAAUGAAGUUUAAUCUUUUCCGUUGUUUAUGGAGAACAAUUAAGGGUAGAGGAGAGAGCGUCUUCUAGAAGGAAAGAAGCAGAGGGAAAUGGGCAAGAAAGCUGAAUGUUUUCAGUAUCAGAACAGACCCUGUAUGAGUUGUCUUUAGCAGCUGUGGGGCCCAAUCAGAGGAAGAACCAAGGAAUCUCACCUCAGACUGAUGUCAACUGAACAAGCAGCUCAGUGGUCUGAGGCACAGGUCAGUAGUUUUGCAAGUUUCCAGUCUUACCUCUGAAAACUAGAGCACUCAGGGAGCUGUGUGGAGGGGCUGCCUUAUAGUUUAUUCAGACAGAUCACAACGUUUCUAUAUCUGGGAUCUCUGGAUCCAUUAAUCUCUUGUUGUUCCUGAGCCAUGGAAAUAUAUCUGAACAAGGACAGGAAGAGUGAGAAAGGGUAUGUUUUUUCCUGCUACAUGCCUGGAAGGUGCUUGAGGUAAUCUUUCUUUUAUAAGAGAUGAUGGUGAUCAAAGAAGCAUGAGUUUACUGUAAGUUAGAAAAAUUAAAAUCCUGUGCAGCUGUCUCAGUUUUGUCACUGUUCCAGACAUGGGGAAAGUACUCAGAUCUAUAGAUUGUACUUCUUCAUGUGUUCUGUAUUCACAGUGAUUUUCUCUGACUUGCUACAUUUAUUUCCUCAUGUGACCACAGGAAAUAUGUUUCUUCCCUGAAGAAGUUAAUGGCCAUUUAGUAUCUUUUCCACUUGUAUAUAUGUGGUCUUAUAAAUAAAGCUGUUUCUAGGACAGCAGUGUAUUUAAACUUAAUCUUUUGAUUCCUGCAUAGUUUCUCAGUCUGUAGAGGUGGUCAUAUAUUUAGUGAAGUUGAUAAAUGUGCCAAAAUAACAUCUGGAUUCUUGGCUAUUUGGGUCAUCAGGAGGAAUGGUUUGAUUUAGCUCUUAUGCAGUGGAUAAAAUAAAAGCUUUAGUCAUUGCUUGGAACACAUCUCUUGAUACAGAUGCAGCCUUUUUCUGUAAAAAUCAGGCACAUCAGCCUCUGUGAGGGCCUGCUUUGCUUCUCCCCUCCAUAGGGAAAUAUGUAGGACAUAUUCACCUACAACCAUCUUUCUUGCCUGUGAAGGUUUUCCUUUUGGAAGUCCUUUCCAGGACUAUGAGACAGAAGGACAUUAUCUGCCUUUGGACUUCAGCAUCUUUCCAGCCAGUGAACCAUGAGAAUUGUCAUCUGAUGAAUAACGAGCCUAACAGCUAGGGCUAGAGUUAGCUGAAAAGUGUGUUUCUUUCUAAUGUUUGUUUACCCUCAUUAGUAUUUAUUUGGGAUAUGUAUUUUCCUUCUCUGAGGAAACUCUGAGAGAAACACCCUUGUAGGGGCACACUGAACCUAAAGUGUUUGCAUUUUUUUGGUGGUGGGAGUUUGGUUUUUAAUCAAGCUUAGCACAUUUAGAACUGGCUUGGCCACUGCUACAUAGUGCUAGAGGGCAUUGAAGAGUUUUGCAAGAGCAGCGUGAGCAGAAAUGGAGUAAGCAAGGUCUGUGUCUGUGAAAUUUAAUACAUCCUCGUAUAAAUAAGUUAGCUGAAAUGUGACAUAAGUGUUUUUCUAAGUAGAAGAGAAGUAGUUUUCUGUAAGACUUUGGUUGUUUCUUGGUUUUGUUUUACUUGUCCAGGAAUCCAAAAAAUGGCACAGUGUUAAAAUGAUGUUUCCAGGGUGCACUUGGGAGAUGUAUCACAAAAGCAUAAAGGUGUUGAUGACUACAACAGUAUUGAUGACUUUUUUUUUUUUAAAUCUGAACUGAAAAAUUAAAAAGGCAAGUUAGGGUAGCAGAACUUAACUAUUAAAAUAUAUACAUAUUUUUUAUGACUACAACUGCUGUAUGACUUUGCUUUUAAUCCAUCCUUAGUGAUAGAAUGAACUGCUCUCAAUUAACAGUUUAUUUAGAAUUUUUUGGUUUUUCUCUGUGCCCUAAUUAGAGCUUCAUAUGAUGUGAUUAUGGUAAAAUAACAACAGGGAGUCUUUCUUAAUAUUACCAUUUUUGUUUACUACCUCUCCUCUCACUCCUCAGCACAAUUUAAAAGUGGAUUUUGAUCUUCAUUCUACUUCCUGCUCACAUUUUGCUUGGGGGCAGGGUGGUCAAUAGCUCCUGUCAAAGAGCAUCAUUACUCUGUGAGAACUGCGAGUGCAGUCUGGGGAUAUUCUGUGCUAGGGUUUCAGUUUGAGCCUACCAUGAGUUAAAGCUUUUUCUCAGGGCUAACUGCCAAAUACAAGCUUUGUGAGCUGUCACAAGGUAACUCCACUGCUGUAUAUUGUUAAUUGUUGGUAUAACAACAGUGUCUGUGCUUGUAAGCAAUUGUUUUCUUGUUGAUGUUGCCUGUUUGCAGUUAUAGAGUAACUACUUAAUGCUGUACAGUCUGCACUGCACAAUUACUCUGUUGCCACUAAGGACAUGAUGAACUAUUAAGGAAUUGGGGGGAGAAAUGCUAGCAAUGCAUUAAAAUCUAUUAUAUAUAGUAA